AUGUCGGUGUCUCGUCUGCUCCUCCACCGGGCUCCCGGCAGCCCUCCAGCGCGAGCCGUGAUGAUGCUGAGCGACAUGCUAGGCCUGCAAAUGGAAUAUAAUGACGUAAAAUUCUUGCAACUAGAACAUAAGUCCCCCGAGUUCAAAAAGUUAAAUCCCAUGGGUACAGUGCCGGUUCUCCAAGAUGGUGACUUCAUUGUUUCUGAAAGCCACGCCAUAAUGAAGUACCUACUAUCUAAGUACGGCGGUGACAAGCGUGAGCUGCUGUACCCGAGCGACGUGCGCACGCGCGCUGUAGUGGACCAGUGCAUGUUCUUCAACGCUGGCGUCUUCUUUGCGGCUUUUAUGUCGGUUGGGCGAGAAACGUUCACGGGCCGUAUAUACAAGCCAACAGCCCAACACAUACAGGAAAUAGAGACCUCGUACUCCGUGGUAGACGCCUACCUGCAGGACAGGCCCUACGUGGCCACCGACCGACUGACCUUAGCUGACCUCGCCGUCGGAGCAACGGCCUCCACCGCGCAGGUCUUCAUUAAAAUGGAUGCUGAAAAAUUUCCCCGCUGCGCUGACUGGAUAUCUCGUCUACAUGAGGAGCAAGUAUUCAAAACUGUCAUGUUGCCCGGCGUCGCUUUCUUUGCGAAAGUCAUCAACAAAAUCUGGGAGCACAAUAAGUCGAAACUAGAAAAGAAAUAA